UGACCUGGUUGGGUUUUCGCGCAACUUUCUACACCCAUUAGCUGGAAAAGUAAGCUUUUUCUCAACCUACAAGAAAAUUAGCUUCCUACUUUACAAGGACCGUGUUCAAGACUGGUGCCGUUCGUUGUAUCAGUUGCCAGUUUGAGCGAGGCUGUGGACGAAGCCCUGACAAUUUGAGUCUCUGCAAAGAAAGACAGAAAGAAUUUGUUAUAAUAGUGGGGCUUUCAGACUAAAACCUAUUACGUGACGAUGGAAGAAGGAUUUCCACUGUUCCUUUUUUCCCUUUUGUCGUUGCUUUUGCACGUAAGCCUUCAGGCCAAUUCUUCAUGCCAACCGGAUCAGAUAACAAUCAAAGAUCCAAAAACUGGUUCGAUUCAGUGCCAGGACUGUUUAAAAUGUCCACCUGGCGAGGGUCUCUCAGUCAAUUGCGGAGACGUAAUACCCCCUUCGACACCUGUGCAAUGCAAGCCAUGUGUGCUAGGAGAGACAUAUUCUGCUUUCCUCGAGGCCGGAGGUUGUGAGGACUGUAGAAAUUGCGGUGAGUACCGCGAAACUACGAAAGCCUGUACAGUGACUUCCAAGGCCGAAUGUGGAAGGUGUAAGCCUGGGGCGUAUGCCGAAGGCAUGCUGGGACUGUGCAAGCCCUGCUCUCCGUGCUGUUAUGAUGGUAAAGAUAUAAUUAUACCUGAGUGUCAAGUUCCAGGUGUACCAACAGGCCUGCAGUGCAGCUACUUACGAUCUAACAAGUGCAGUACAUUGAUGACAUCAAGUAUUAGCACGGCGCCGUCAACCCUUCAACCAGAUCAGUCCACGACCCAAUGGCGGCCAUUCUCUUCUACAACGGGCACCGAAGUAAUCUCUCUUUCAAGUGGGCCAACCACCAACAUGGUUGAAGAGAACUCACCAAAUGUGGGCAGCAUAGUUGGUCCUGUUGUGAGCAGCUUCACAGCUUUCGUCACGAUCCUCGUCAUCGUGUGCUGCAAAAAUAUGCGCAAGCGCCGGUCUCACCAAUGUUGUCACCAAGACAACCACUGUCAUGAUGAUCAAGGUCAACAGUGCAAGGUCACUACGCAUUUUGGGUGGGUGAAGGGAGGGAGGACGCCUUCAGCACACAGUCCCCCCAAUGUUGUAACCAGGAAGACCACUGUCACGAUGUUCAAAGACACCGAUGAGGAGGUCAUUACGGUUUUGACGACAGUCAUCAGCUCCUUUGAAUGCAAUUUUCCGUUAAGUUAUGCUCAGUAGUUUUUUGAGUUAGUGACAGAGAAAUUUAUUGGUUGACAAAUUCUCCUUUAAAGUAGCAUAUGAAAUGUGUAGGAAACAGUAUGGAGAACUUGCAUGCAAAUCUUCGGGUAUAAAGGUUAAGCACCUUAUAAUUAUAUUUCAUCCCAACUCGGCGCUUAGUUUUUAUGCGGAUCAGCAUCUAUUUGCGAUAUGAUAGGAUGAAGCCUUACAUUGUGAAUUUGUUAUUAAGAAUUUAUGUUAUUAACCUUUCCCUAUUUUGGCCAUUCCGUCAUUGUUCUUUGUUUUAAACUGACUGGCGUGGUCUGCGAUAGGAAAUGGCUAUUUAAGAGGUUCUUUACUUUAUUUGCAUAAUAAGAGCAGCCAUUGAUUGCUUUUAUUCGCUAACCUCCCUUACAUAAACAACCCCCAGCCGUUCGCUCAGAAGCCAUCCAUGUUUUGGGCUACUGAAGAGUGUGUAAAGCUUUCACAACAUGUUGCAGAGCCCAGAUCUCUUAGAUUCACUCACCGUCGUGCGUGUUCAAUGAAGUUGUCAAUCAUGUUAUCGUUAUUUUUGGAGCGGAUGUUGUUUUUGUCUUUCUGUCGUUAUCAAACCAAAUAAAAGCUUGUCGGUAGAGUUA